AUGUCAGACCUCGUUGGUAAACCAUUCCCAGAAGGAUUCCAUUUCAAUUACGUUCCAUUUGAUGAAGAAGAUCAAAAAGAUCAUUUAUCAUGUAAACGUCCAAUUCAAUUAAACUUGACCCAAGAUUACUUGAAAGGUAAAAAAAUCGUCAUCACUUCAGCUCCAGGUGCUUUCACUCCAACUUGUACUUUGAGUCAUAUCCCAGGUUAUAUUGAAAAAGCUUCAGAUUUCGUUUCAAAAGGUGUUGAUAAAGUUAUUGUUAUCACUCAAGAUUCUGCAUUUGUUAACAGUGCUUGGGGUAAAUUAUUGGGUCAAAAAGUCCCAAUUGAAUUUGCUAGUGAUUGGCAAGCAACUUUUUCCAAAUCAAUUGGUUGGACUGUUAAUGCUGGUGAAAUGGGUACUUUAACUGCUAGAUACACCAUUAUCAUUGAUGAUGGGAAAGUCAUCUAUGCUGAAAAGGAACCAGGUUCAGAAGUAACUGUCAGUGGUGCUGAUGCUGCCUUAGCCAAGUUAUAA